CAUCACCAAAAGCACAGUGUUGCUCUUUCUCCUCUGCCCCUUUUCUCUCUCUUACCCUCAAACCAAAAUGCAUAAGAAGCUGCUCUCAAGAAAGGCGGCAUGCAACUCCCAUGGACAGGACUCCUCCUACUUCCUAGGGUGGCAGGCGUAUGAGAAGAACCCUUACGACCGAAUCACCAACCCAACUGGAAUCAUACAGAUGGGCCUUGCAGAGAACCAGCUAUCAUUCGAUCUCAUCGAGUCUUGGCUCAAGAGCCACCCCGACCCUGCGGGGUUCAUCAGAGACGGCGCAUCCAUAUUUCGCGAGCUGGCCCUGUUCCAGGAUUAUCAUGGCCUGCCUGCUUUCAAGAAAGCACUGGCGAAUUACAUGGGAUACUUGAGAGGGAACAAAGUAAGGUUCGAACCCAGCAACCUUGUCCUCACAGCGGGUGCCACGUCGGCUAACGAGACUCUGAUGUUUUGUCUUGCCGAACCCGGCGAAGCAUUCCUUCUCCCAACUCCUUAUUACCCUGGGUUUGAUAGGGAUCUCAAAUGGCGAACCGGAGUGGAGAUUGUUCCGAUCCAUUGCUCGAGCUCCAAUGGCUUCCAAAUCACCAAAGCCGCCCUAGAACAAGCGUAUCAACAAGCAGAAAAAUGCAAGCUGAGAGUAAAAGGAGUCUUGACAACCAACCCUUCGAAUCCGUUGGGCACGACGACAACCCGACGUGAACUCGACACCCUUAUCAACUUUGUCGUCGCCAAAGACAUCCAUCUUAUCAGUGACGAGAUCUACUCGGGGACCACGUUCGACUCCCCAAGGUUCAUCAGCGUUGCGGAGGCCAUGAUCGGUCGAGACGAUGUUUCGCACCGCGUUCACAUUGUUUACAGCCUUUCCAAGGAUCUUGGUCUCCCGGGAUUCCGGGUUGGUGCAAUCUACUCUGGCAACGACUACGUCGUGGCUGCCGCUACCAAGAUGUCAAGCUUCGGCCUGAUCUCCUCCCACACUCAGUACCUCCUCUCUGUGUUGCUCUCCGACAAGGACUUCACGAGAAAAUACACCGAGGAGAAUAAGAAGAGGCUUAAGGAGAGACAUAAGCUACUCGCCGAGGGACUCCGGGAGGCCGGCGUGAGUUGCUUAAAGAGCAACGCAGGUUUGUACUGCUGGGUGGACAUGAGACACCUGCUCAAGUCCAAGACAUUUGAAGGAGAGAUGGAACUAUGGAAGAAGAUAGUGUUUGAAGUGGGACUAAACAUCUCGCCCGGCUCUUCAUGUCAUUGCGUCGAGCCCGGGUGGUUUCGUGUCUGCUUUGCUAACAUGUCGGUGGACACCCUCAAUGUUGCCAUGCAACGCCUCAAGACCUUCAUAGAUACCGGUCUCAGCAGCCAUGACUCCGGCCGGCGGGUGAGAUGGCCGGCGCGUGAGAAGGCCAACUGGCUGCUGCGGUUAUCAUCCUCGGAUCGCAAAUGUGAACGAUAGGGUACUUGGCCAGAAUGAAUGAGUGACUGUUCUUAGAUUUUCGUUUCCUUUUUUUUUUUUAGCUUGUUUUUGUGUAAAAUUAGUAUCAUUCCGUUUUUUUUUUUCUUUCCCUUGGAGCAUUCAAAUCCCUUCUUGAAGUGCCCAAGGUUUCUUGCAUGUGCAAGAGAGUCUGUUUUGACUUGAG